AAUCGGUGAAAUUCAAAUGGUGACUAAGCAAAGAAAAAAUUACGAAAAAACAGAAAGAAUCUAAAAGACCAGAAGUGAACUAACUACCCCGAGCAAAAGGCAAGACACGUUCGUCGCUUACAAAACUGAAGUGAACUUAACCUAGUUACCGGUGACUCCUAAGUUACAAAAAAUGGCGGCUUCUCCAAAUGACGAACUUUCUGAGACUAAAACACUAGAUUCCGCCGUCCAAAACUCCCAAACCAAUGGCCAAGAUUCAAUCCCAGAAGAUCCCCAACCUCUUCAUGAAGCAAUCCUGCCGUCCGAUCGCCAAUCAACGGCCGACACCAAUCCUGGAGAGAAACGAAAGCGGGAGGAGGACCAAGACCCGACCCAGAACCCGGCCCCCAACCCUCUAUGGAAAACCAGCCUUUGCUCUUACUUCAGACGGCAAGAUGGGUCCUGCAGCCAUGGCAGCACGUGCAGGUACGCGCACGGCGAGGAAGAGCUCCGGCCACGGCCGGAUAACACGUGGGACCCGACUUCGGAGAGGGCAAAGAAGGCGAUGAAGGGAGAGAAUGGGGAGAAGUUGGCGGCGAAGGAAGAAGAGGAGGAGAAGGAGGUUAUGAUGACGGAGAUGGUUAUGGAUGGGGAGGAUGCUGAAGGUGGUGAAGAGUGUGGAGACCCUCAAUUGAGUAAAUGCUUGGUGCAUUUGCCAAGGAAGUGGCAUUCGGAUAAUUUGAGGAAGUUUCUUAGUGAUCAAGGAAUUCCUUUUAAAUCUGCAAAGAAAAAGAAAGGCAUGGUGGUCGGUUUUGUGAGUUUUGAAAGUGCUGAACAAUUGACAAGUGCAGUUGAGGAGCUGGAAGGAAAAUCUUUUGGCAACAAGAAUUUAAAGGUUGCAAAUAUCAUUCCUCGAUCAUUUGAGAGGAAAGUCAAAUCAGCAAUGGCUGCGCCUCUGAGCUUCCAACAAAAUAUGGAAGAUGCAUCAGUUAAGGAGAAUGCUGGUGUCUCUAUUGCUUCAAAUGGAAUUGAAGAUGGUGCUUCAAAUGAUGAUGGUUCUGCACUGGAUGAUUCAGCCUCAAAGGCAAAAAAUGCCCGUGAUGCUGUCACUCCCCUUGCACAUAUGCCUUACGGUGAUCAGUUGGAGCAUAAGAAGAAUUCUGUCAAGCAAAUGCUCAAAAAACUUACUAGAAAUGCGCGUAAAGCUUGUCCUAAUGGUGUUUCACUUCCUGAAUGGGUUCUUAAGUCUAGGGAAAGAGGUGGUCUUCCAUGUGAACUAGAAGGCAUAAUUGAAUCUCCAGUUGUAAAUGGAUACCGCAACAAGUGUGAGUUUUCUAUUGGAUAUUCUCAACAGGGCAAACCGACUGUGGGGUUCAUGCUUGGAAAUUUUAGGGAGGGUGUGACAGCGGUUGAAGAGCCUGUGGACUGCCCAAAUGUUUCGAAAAUUGCUUGCAAAUAUGCUUCAAUCUUGCAGGAAUUUCUGCAACAUUCAAGCUUACCAAUUUGGAACAGAUUUAAAAAUACAGGAUUCUGGCGUCAGUUAACUGUGCGAGAAGGAAGAUCAGCUGGGAAGGCUGUGGACGAAAAUCUUGAGGCCAAUAUUUCAGAGGUCAUGCUCAUUGUUCAGGUUUGUUCUGUUGGGUUUGGUGAUGCACAAAUAACCAGUGAGUUCGAGAGGCUGGCUCAAGCAUUUGCAGCAGGUGCUGCUGCAAAUUCUCCUACUCUGCCUCUAACAGCUUUUAUUGUUCAGGAUCAUCAAGGAAUAUCAAACGUGGCACCAGCUGAUGCUCCAUUGCGUUCAAUACCCAUCCUGAAGGCAGAAAGUGUUCUUGAGCUGGAGACAACCAAUAAUGUUGUAGAAGCAAGAAUUCAUGAUUGUAUAAGCAAUCUUCAGUUCUCUAUAUCUCCAACAGCAUUUUUUCAGGUCAAUACCCUAGCUGCAGAGAAAUUAUAUUCACUUGCUGGCGAGUGGGCUGGUUUGGGUUCUGAUACCUUGCUGUUUGAUAUAUGCUGUGGGACCGGAACAAUUGGCCUUACAUUAGCUCAUCGUGUUGGUAUGGUUAUUGGCAUUGAAAUGAAUGCUUCUGCAGUUCAAGAUGCUCAUAAGAAUGCCGAGAUUAAUGGGAUAAAGAAUUGUAGAUUCAUCUGUUCAAAGGCUGAGGAUGUAAUAGGCUCUCUGUUGAAGGAGUACCUAAUCGUGUCUGAGAAACAAGGUCAACUUUCAAGUGCCUUAGAAAGUAGUGACAAAGGAAUAGUUAACUGUGAAGAGAAAGAUGCAUACGCAACCAGUGCACAUAAUGAUGGAGAGAGCUCAUGCCAAGAGCCUGAAAACUGUUAUUCAGAAAAUGAUGGAAAAGAGAUCCAAAAUCAACUUCAGGAGAGUUCCACUCCAAAAGAUGGAAACUCUUCAGUGCAGCUAUUCAAAAAUGUCAUUGCUAUUGUUGAUCCUCCACGUAUGGGACUUCAUCCCACUGUGAUCAAAGCUUUAAGAACUCAUGCACGUCUACGUUGUCUUGUGUAUAUUUCCUGCAAUCCUGAAAGCUUAGUGGCAAAUGCCAUUGAGCUCUGCACACCAUCUCCUGAGAAAGUUGAAAAGGGGAAGAAAGACAAUCGGGGAUGGAGGAACAUGAGUAGUGCUGGUUUAGCAAGGCAACGAGCCAAGUCGAUGCCUGUUUCAGAGCCUUUCCGACCUGUAAAAGCCAUGGCUGUUGAUCUUUUCCCGCAUACUCCACACUGUGAAAUGGUGAUGCUCUUGGAGAGAUAAUGUGGCCUACUCUGUUUGGUGAUUAUAUAACUUUAUAUCAAGUCAAACAUGAAUAUAGUGCAGAAGAUAAGUCUACCAACAGAAAUUUUGAAGCUCAAAGUUGUUUCCUUUCUUGUUAGCAUUAAAACUUUUGCAUAACUGUUGUAUUUAUAUUUUAAAUUUCGUAGUGAAAUUUCCCCGACGAGGGUGAACUGCCCUCCACUUUUUCUAUCUCCAUUUAGUUGACUUGCUGAGACAUGAUAUUGGGGUAUCCCGCUUUGGGCUAUUUUAUAUAUAUGCUACAUCAAUUCUUGGCUGACCCUUCUGCAAAAUUUGAAGUUUGAGCCCAUGAUCCAACCUAUCAAUAAGACAACUCGUCUUCGCUUCUGUAAGUUGCUAUCACAAAUGGGUGAUUGGGUCCACUCGUUUGUUAUCUCUACUCUGAAGAGCUUGAAAAUUUUGCCAGAGUCGCACUAAGGAAAUUAGUGGACCUCUAUAGGAUAAUUAAGAUGGACUUGUCUCCACUAUGAAUAGUAAGAAUUGCGUGGAUGACCGAUGACGGGUCUCGUGGGAUAUACAGUAGUGGCACAGAUGCCCCAGCCUUAUUGCCGAGAUUUACCCUAGCCUUUCUUUCUCCAUAUUUCCCUUCCCAAGUCCCAUCCCAUCCAACCCAAUGAACAUGUUCUUGCCUUUAUUUAUCUUUAUGCAGUAGUUUCUUCUCUGUUUUUACUUUUGUUUCAUGGUU